AUGGUUGCAUCCUCCCAUUUAUUUCGCAGACAUCAAUUCUUUAGCUCAAUUAUCGGCACGCUUUUGCUUACCACCGCGCCUUUCACCCACCAAACAUCCAUAGAAGACACUAGUUUCAGUUUCAACGAGUUCAACCCAGAAAAUAAGCUGGACAUAAAGUUGGAGGGAGAUGCUUACACAUCAAGCUCAAUCAUUGAACUCACCAAGGACAUGGAAGUUUUGAGCUCAAAUGCAAGUGUUGGUCGAGCCACAUGUGGCAGACCGAUGCACCUUUGGGACAAGGCAUCUGGUAAUCUUGCAGACUUUGCUACCCAUUUUUCGUUCGUUAUCUACUCGCAUAAUUCUAAUAGGAAAGGCAGUGGCUUUGCGUUCUUCCUUGCUGCAUAA